AUGUUAAAACGAUAUAAUCCAAGAACUCUUAUCAAUCCAUUCAAAUCUAUCCCCACGACUCGGAGAUUGGAUUGGAGUAGAAAUGUUAGCUCGAUUAGGAAUAUUGAUAUCAAAGAUGAUGAAAUUAGAAUUAUCAAAGUUAAUAGGGAGAGACUUUGGAGGGAAUUGCAUUAUACUUGUCAGUGGGGGAAGGGAGAGAGAUGGGGAGUAGAAGAAACCGACAAAGGAAUGUCCCGUCUCGCUCUAUCCUACGCCGACAAACUAGCUCGAGAUUGGUUUGUCGAAACGAUGAAGGAACUUGGUUGUGAUGUGAAGAUCGAUGCUAUGGAAGAAGGAGCGCGUUUUCCCGUCUCCAUGGUAUCAUCCGGUGUCUGGGCCAACGAUAUACCACUUCUCUCUGCGCACAACCUCCGCGAGAUAAACGGUCCCGCAACCAUGAAAUCAGAAUUAGAAAGAAUCGGAUAUCUCGGUUUAAUCCCCGCGUCGUAUAAAGAAAAUCUAAUCGGUGUACAUUUCGAGCUACACAUCGAACAAGGACCAAUCCUCGAGAAGAGCAAGACCCGUAUCGGAGCUGUAACGGGCGUGCAGGCUUAUCGAUGGCAUACAAUUACGGUGAGAGGAAGUGAUUGUCACACUGGAAUUCUCAAUUUGAAGCCUGGCUCUACUAAUACCGUUCCGGGAUUCGUGCAGUUCUCACUUGAUAUUAGAUGCUCAGAGGACGAGAGACUUUUGGCCUUUGAGAAAGAGCUCAGAAAAGAUUUCGAGUUGAUCGCUGCUGGGGCGCAAAUGGCAACUCUUGGGGCAAGUGGAAAGAAAGGGAAAGGCUGUACGUUGGAUUGGCAAGUAGAUACAGAUUCUCCAGCUACUCACUUCAACAAAGAUUGCAUCAGAUGCGUGGAAGAAAGUGCCGGAGACUUAAUUGAAACGACUUCUACUGCUGAGAAUCAGCCAGGAGCCGUUUCAAACACUUAUAUGAGAAUGGUAUCAGGCGCUGGACAUGAUAGGUCAGAAUAUCAAUCAGAUGAUAAGGGCUUUGCUGAAUAA